GGAGAGAAAGAGGGGGAAAAAAGAAGCUGCACUCGGGUUUGCCAGCGGUCGUGCACACUCUUCCAACAUUGAUUCGGUCCUCUUGUUUUGUUUUUUUUCUCUUCUUCUUCCCCUCCGUCCGCACCCCCCUUGUCCAGCUCUCUCUCUCCCUCUCUGUGAGUCUUAUGCAGAUCCCACAGAAUUGAACCAAUAGAACGCGCAGCUUUGCCAAGCAUUUUUUUUGUUGUUUUUUCGUCAAGACCUUUUUUUCUACAUAUUUUUGCAAACAAACAAAGAGGCUUGUUUAAGUUUUUGACAAUUUUGUCUUUUUUUGCUGCAAUAUCUGUUUUGUUCGUGCACAUAGAGCUCUUUUUAAAAGCGUUUUAGACAGAGAGAUUACUGAACUUCUUUACAUUCUCCUUCUGUUGUGCUCUUUAACAGCAUCUCUCCUGCAUCUCCUGCCACAGUACCUCCUGUGUUCCUGUGCUGGUAUUACACUGCGCCCCCUUGGCCUGUCUCCUCUUUCUCAGCUUUUUCCCCCCUGCUGCUUUUAUUGGACAGUUUCUCAGCUUCUCUUUUUGCUUAAUUUUCCCCCUUCAGUCUUUUGUUUUCUAAUAUACGCAGCAUUACUUCAGCGCCUUUUGAUUCAUCAAUCCAAUUGUUGUCCUGGUGCAUUUAAAAUUUCUUUGCAAUCGGCGGGUGAAUUUAUGAUGAGAGAGCAAAAUGGAUGAAUUCCACCCCUUCAUCGAGGCCCUGCUGCCCCAUGUCCGCGCCUUCGCCUACACCUGGUUCAACCUGCAGGCCCGCAAGCGCAAAUACUUCAAGAAGCACGAGAAGCGCAUGUCCAAGGAGGAAGAGCGCGCAGUGAAGGAUGAGCUGCUGGGGGAGAAGCCAGAGAUCAAGCAGAAGUGGGCCUCGCGCCUGCUGGCCAAGCUCCGCAAGGACAUCCGGCCUGAGUUCCGUGAGGACUUUGUGCUCACCAUCACGGGGAAAAAGCCCCCCUGUUGCGUGCUAUCCAACCCCGACCAGAAGGGCAAAAUCCGUCGCAUCGACUGCCUGCGCCAGGCCGACAAGGUGUGGCGACUGGACCUGGUGAUGGUCAUCCUGUUCAAGGGCAGCCCCCUGGAGAGCACGGACGGUGAACGGCUGGUCAAGUCACCACAGUGCACCAACCCUGGCCUGUGCGUCCAGCCGCACCACAUCGGAGUGUCCGUCAAGGAGCUGGACCUCUACCUGGCCUACUUCGUCCACACGCCAGAAUCCGGACAAUCAGACAGCUCCAGCCAACAGGGGGACACAGACAUCAAACCACCACCCAAUGGGCACCUGAGUUUCCAGGACUGCUUUGUCACUUCAGGGGUGUGGAACGUGGCAGAGCUGGUUAGAGUGUCACAGACACCUGUAGCCACGGCGUCAGGUCCUAACUUCUCGUUGGCUGACCUGGACAGCAGUCCCAGCUACUACAACCAGGUUGCUCUGGGGCGACGCUCCCUCACCUCCCCUCCUUCCACCAGGUCUGAGGUGGAGUUGUACGCAAACCUUCCACGGAGCUCCACCAAGAGGAAGUCAUUAGAUGACAGUGAGAUGGAGAGCCCCACAGAUGAUGUUUUCUACCCUGGACGCUCGCCUGCUGCCAGCUCCUCCCAGUCUAGUGCGUGGCCCAACGACAUGGAUGCAGGACUGUCCUCGCCUGGUUCACUUAAGAAGCCGGGAAAGUUUGAUUUCAACGCCCUGACUUCCCAGACGAGGUCCCCCCGCAUGGCGUUCACACACCACCCGCUGCCUGUGCUGGCAGGAGUGAGACCAGGGAGUCCCCGUGCCUCAGCUUCAGCCCUGCACUUCCCCUCCUCCUCUAUCAUCCAGCAGUCCAGCCCGUACUUCACACACCCCACCAUACGCUACCAUCACCACCAGGACCCGCUUAAGGAGUUUGUGCAGUUUGUGUGCACCGACGGCACAGGACAGCCCAGCGCUCAGCCUAAUGGAGGUGGCCAGAGCAAAAUGCCGAGCUCCUUCCUGCUGCCCCCGCCACCCCCGGUGGCACGCCCUGUGCCCCUCCCCAUGCCCGACUCUAAAAUCAUCAGCACGCCCACUGACGGCGGACUCAGCUCACCCGCAUCUCCGUCAUACUCCACGCCAGGCUCCACAGCUCCCAACCGGUUUGUCGGCAUCGGAACACGGGACAACUUUCUGAAUAUCCCCCAGCAGACUCAGUCCUGGUUUCUCUGACAAGGCCUCUUGUUGACAAGGCCUCUCUGAUUCAAGAGCUAAAAUUGUGUCAUGAAAAUUGGAAAUUUGAAAAACAAACGCAUCACCGCUGAUUAAGAACAGACUGCUGACACUAAUAGGUCUUUCUCUCUAGCCAACACUAUUCAAAGUACUACUACAGAACCCCACAUCACCCCAAGAGGACUCCCAAUCUAACACAAUUUGAACAGGAACGUUCGUCCCCCUUUAUGCAGGAGGCUUCAAUGAGAUUGAUUGGACAGACUGCAAGGAAGAGGAAGAUGAGGAACUGUCUCUCACACACCACAAAACGUCAGGAAGGAAACACAAUAUGGCAACCUGACAAAUGACCAAUUAUACAUUUGUUGUUUCUUUUUUUUAUGAUUUCUUUUUUUUGUUUUGAUGUCUCCACAAUGAAACUCCAUGCAUUGGCUGGGAGAUCCAAAAACAAACAGUAGUGGUAAAUGGUGAAGUCGAAUGUGCAAGUUGAAAAAAUUGCCACCCAAAUUUGCACGCCUCCAUAUCUGUGUAUAUCCCCACGCACCUCCAGGUGCAUAGCCACACCUGACCCACCCCCCCCCCCCCCCCCCCCCAAUCCACCACCCCACCUGGAGCUCACCGCUGCCCAGGGUCCAGACCGUUGACCGCAGCCACAUGCCUAUGUGUCGCCACACUCUGCCGCUUCAUUCGCUCAGCCCUGAGCCUCUUUUCAUUUCUGAUUGGCCAAUCAUGGUGACACCAUCUGAUGGUGUGACAUAUAUGCACUAAGUGGCUGGUUUUUGUUUACCCGUCAAAGUAUCAGGGCGUCCUGCUGUGGGAGAAGUGAUAGCCACGAGGGGAGUGCGAGCGAGUGAACACACGACAAACAGUCAUAACACUAACUCCACAUGUGCUCUUUCGUCCCAUCACCUAUGCACUAUUACUUUUUGAUAAGGGAUGAACAGUAUUGCACAUCGAUGGUCAGACGAGCGAUUAGGGAAGUGAGUCGGGGCUGGCUGCCACUGCAGGGAUGUGGCUGCGCUAACAUUCAAGUCUAGGCCCCGGAAACAUGCAGCACGCACACAGACAGGCACACUUGCAGACAGCACACACAGACCAAUCUUCCUCCAGAACAGUCUGUCAAACAAUCACUCAUAAUAUCAUCUCGUUAUUAUUCAUAGACAUGGAAUUUAAUUUACAGUAAUGCACAAUCAGCAUCAUAUUAUUAGCUUUCAUUUUGUUUGUAGGUGUUUUUUUUGCGAUUUCCUUUUCCUUUUUUUUUGGCAGAUUUGGUUUUGGUUUUUGUCACACUUGGAUUGUUUGAACCUUCUCUUGCAUGUCAUCACACUUUUUCUGUAGUUAAACAGCUCAACAGAUUUCAGCGAAACGGUAACAGCAGUUUCUAAAAUCUCUUACGUAUGGACAGCACAGUAACGACAGCAUCCACAUGCAUCCCUUGCAUUGCUUCACCCUGUAUCCCUUAGUUCAUUCACAGGAAAACCCAGAGGACUACACACACACACACACACACACACACAAACGCACAUAUAAAAUGCACACUAACACCACCAACAACCUGACAUAAAAUAAUAAAGGGAAUCCUUUAUAUUUGGUUCUCCAAACUGCCUUUGUUAAUGGUUUUUCAUUCACUCAAGAUUUGUUUUUUUAAUUUGAGAUAUUUUUUUAUAUGUAAAUGUUCACAUUGAAAUUUGCUAUUGGUAUUAUUUUCAUCAUGACACAAUCCACCAAAAGCCGACCUCACAAAAUAACUGGACUGCCUAGCUGUUGGUUCUAUUUUGCAGGGAUAGUAAACAGGGCUGAGACCCUCAUCUCAGCCUCUCUAGUAACAUUAGCUCUAUGUACUAAAAACCAUAUAUCAAGACUAUAACAAUAUAUGAAAGUGCCUCUGUAUUCCCUUCAUGCAAUUAGUAAUAAACUUGACUUCAGGUUCUCUUCCCACAUAUAAGCUAAAGCUACUGGGAAUGGUAGCGUUGGUGCAUGUGGAAACCAUUGGCCUAGGACAGAUCUUUAUAGAGGACUGCAAACUUUUCUUUUGUAAAGACAGAGAGAGAGAGAUCUUAUACAUAUAUAUUUAUGAUAUAUGCUCCUUUUUAACUUUUACUACAUGAGCUGGUUGGCAGUCUAGUUAUUUUCUGAACUCUCACCUCCCCUCCCCACCCCCCCACCCCCCCCCCCCCCCCCACAACCCGUUUCAGUAACCUUACCUUUACUGUUACCAGUACGAAUCGAACGACACACGCCAUCGCCAUCUGCAGCGCAGCAUUAUAAUACCUAGAUGAACAUGUCAACAAUCGACAGUAGGUUUGAAGAAGAAAAAAAAGUGUUUGUUUUUUGAUGGAAAGUAUUAUUAUUGAAAAAUAUGUGUCGAUUGAGCCACGUGCAAUGCAUUGGGUAGAUCAUUGUGUUUGUCUGUUAGAGAUUUUUAAGAAAGCUAAGAGAAAAGUGAAAAAAAAUGUAUUUGUUUCAAGUCCAUAAGCUCCGGGACUCUAAACUAGAGGGCCAUGAAAAAUCCUAGUCUUUGUAAGUUGGGGGUAUUUUUUUUUCUUUUUCCUUUGUCUCUUUUUUAAUGUUUUAUGUGUAAUCAGUUGUUUAUAAAAAUGUGGGAGGGCUGAAGGAAAAAAGAUUCUCUAUCAUCAGACGAAAACUGGUGCUUCAACAGUAUAAAGUACAUUCAGACCUAUUGUAAAUGAAUGGUAACGAACAACAAUAACACACCAUUUAGGAAACAGCAUUAUUCCUCUCUAUUUUUAUUCUUCUUCUAUUUGUAUUGAGUGGGGGGAGAGGUUCCUUUUCCUUAAGGUUGUGACACAAAAGGCAUACACUAAAGGUUCAACCUUUAGAAAAACUAAAACCUAUUCAGAUAACUGACCCAUGCACUGCCUGAAACUCACCAGCAAAAUAACAAAACAACUCUCAAUUUAGUCCUUUUUUAUCUCAUACAUUGGCAUAAAUACACGACGCGUUCCUCCCUGUACUGUGACAGAUGCUUCACAUCCAGAAAUAUGUUAUUCCCAUGAUCAUGUUGAUAUGUUCCUGAAUCUCUAGAGCUGAAUACAAUUCAGCAGGUUGUGCUGAGACCCUCAUGCAAUGGAAAUAGGAUUAUGUUACUUUUUGUAUCCUGCACAGAUAACAGACACAGAAAAGGAAGUAAAAAAAAAAGUAUCUUAAUAUCGGGAAAAAAAAUGAUUUAUGAAACAGGCAGCAAGGUGAGCCUCUCCCCUGAUCCACCCCCUCCUCUGUAAAUGACUCUUAUAGUGCUUGUGCUGUAGUGUAUAGUUUCCCAGCAGUUAAAGGUUGUCCCUUAAAAGUGCCUUUUGUUCACAGACUCCAUUUUGUAAUCCAGAUCGCCCCCUUUUUUUCGAAACGGCUCGAGGUAGCAGGUUGCCCCUGAGUGCCGCAAGGAGACAAAAGGUCGUCGCCCAUUCAGCGCUCAGGGACAACUUUUUUUUCCUCCCGCCUUCGAAAUGAAUCCCCUCCAUUGUACCUCCCCUAUAUCCUCUCUUCCUUUUCAAAGCCGUAUAUAUAUGCAUAUAUAUAUAUAGUACAAAAGGAAACUGGUGUGAAUUAGUUCUUUACUUUUUAUUGAUAAAUGAUGACAAAAAAAAAAAAACAUUUUUUGAAAAGGCAAAAAAACUUGUUCUCGUUCAGCUCUUGCUUUUUUCUUCCCCUCUGUCUCCACUGUCUGUUUUCUCUUAGACACUGGAGUAGUCUGUAACUGUGUCCGUCUCUCUCUCGCUUACUCUCUCUCUCUCUCUCUCUCUCUCUCUCUCUCUCUCUCUCUCUCUCUCUCUCUCCUGCCCUCUCCGCUGUUGGGAGGGUGAAAAAAAAAUAUUGCCGAAAAACUUUUGUCUGAGCAGAAUGCAGUUAGCUCACAUGUUAUUCUUGUCUGUAUGCUUCACAUUGUAUUACCAUACCCAUCUUCUUCAGCUUCUCCAUUCAACAGCUAAUGUAAGUGAACAAAUUACGCUGACGGGCUUUUGGGGGUGUCCUUGGGUGGGUUAGGGAAGGACGACAGGGGUUUAGGGGUUUGGGUUGAUGCAAAGGGGCUGCUUUGGGAUGAUGGAAAGGGGCUGCUUUGACUAGGAAAAGAGUUUGCUCUUUUGUUUUAGCUAUUUAUUUUUGCCUUUUGUUUUAUUCUCCCUCUUUUGUUUCAUUUUAAUUUGGAUUUCUUUUAAUAUUUGCUAUCAGGGUAUGCUGUCGUUUAGGCUCUCUUAGAGAAUGCCUUUGGACUGUAAAUGAAAGCUACAAGCACCUUAUAACCGGACUUGUCCUGCACGAGGCUGAAAGAGGGGGGUUGCAUUUCCAGGACAUAUCCAUUCAAACCAAUCUUUUAAAGUGAAGUAUUAUUGUUCACGGUGGGUCUCACACAGUGAAACCCUCAGCAGUAUUAACCAUUUACAACACACUAACCAGAUAGAUAAAAGGCCAGCAUGAACCUGAGCUCUCAGAAUCCUGAGGAUUCAGGGAAGUCCCUCCUAUUUUCUCCUCUGACCACCUCAUGCUGGACUGCUCCGUGUCUUUGUUCUGUUGUUCAUUUUGUUCUUUAUCUUCUUAAGCGUGUAUGGUUAUUGGUGUAAUAGGCAGCACCCUAGGCCCCCUGACUCCCAGCUCUUCUACGCCUCUGUCUACGCCCUCAGUGCGGCACCACUUCUUUGUGAGAACACCCCCAGAGCUCUAGGUGAAAUGCAUGUGUUAAUUACAGUUUCUUUUCCAUAAGAAGAAAAACACAGUUUGAGAAGAGCAGCACCUGAUUGAAUAAAAAGGAUGUUCUUGACUGUA